AUGCUACAUAUUAAGGACGAAUGGUAUUCGCACGAUGCUUACCACAAAUAUCUAUCUUGUAAUCUGAAAAGAACAAGCUGCCAUCUAUCUAUCUCCUGGCCUGAAAAAGAACACGCUACCAUCUAUCUAUCCCUCUAUCUAUCUCGUGGCCUGAAAUGGAACACGCUAACGAACACGCUACCAUCCAUCUAUCUAUCUCGUGGCCUGAAAAGAAACACGCUACCAUCCAUCUAUCUAUCUCGUGGCCUGAAAAGAAACACGCUACCAUCCAUCUAUCUAUCUCGUGGCCUGAAAAGAAACACGCUACCAUCCAUCUAUCUAUCUCGUGGCCUGAAAAGAAACACGCUACCAUCCAUCUAUCUAUCUGGUGGCCUGAAAAGGAACACGCUACCAUCUAUCUAUCUAUCUCGUGACCUGAAAAGAAAUACGCUACUAUCUAUCUCAUGGCCUGAAAAGGAACACGCUACAUCUAACUAUCUACCUCGUGGCCUGAAUAGGAACGCGCUACCAUCUAUCAAUCUCGUGGCCCGAAAAGGAACAAGCUACCAUCUAUCUAUAUCAUGGCCUGAAAAGGAACAAGCUACCAUCUAUCUGUCUCGUGACCUGAAAAGGAACACGCUACCAUCUAUCUAUCUCGUGGGCUGA